AUGCUCGGUCUGGAAAACAACUAUCUUGAGAAGAAACAAGGUCAGCACACAACUCGAAUCUGUCGCCUUCCAAACCACACGGGAACCAUGACACUGGGUGAAGGUUCUGGAAGAGAUCCACCCCGGUCUAGCAGUGGUCAGAGAAAAGGUAGAGAAAAAACGGACGACAAUAAACCAACUAAAUUUGCACUGGAUGGACGUAGUAGGAUGUUAUUUUGUGCGCUGACCACUCUGAGCCUUAUGACUGCUUUGGACGGCACGUCAAUAUCCGUUGCCUUGCCCAUUAUUUCAUCGGAUAUCGGGGCAACAAGCAUCCAGGCUUUCUGGACUGGAACUUCCUUUCUACUUUGUUCUGCAGCCUUCCAACCUCUAUUUGGGUCCUUCUCAGACCAUCUGGGACGUAGACUGCUUGUUUGGGUGGGAAUUAGUCUUUUCCUUGUCGGGGCCUGCGUUGCAGGGACUGCUCAUAAUACCACCUUGAUGAUCGUCGGUCGCUGCUUUCAAGGUGCGGGUGGCGGCGGCAUUAUGACUUUGACUGGUCUCGUCAUCGCAGAUGCCGUGCCCUUGCGACAUCGAGGUACAUAUUUUGGACUAUUCAGUGCCAUGUGGAGUUUGGGAUCUGUUUUGGGACCAGUGAUUGGAGGUGCCUUUGCAAAAGAGUCGUCUUGGAGAUGGAUCUUUUAUAUUAACUUCCCGUUCAUUGGUCUGGGAGCUGCUUUGGUCGGCGCCUCGUGCGGUUCGUGGCCUCGAAUUGAUCAUUCGUUUCGGAACUGGCGAAAACAAGUCGACUUCAUCGGAGCCGCUCUGUUCACAACGAGCAUCACGUCCUUUUUAAUUCCGCUGACCUGGGGCGGGAUCACGUACGAAUGGGACUCAUGGCAUACAAUCGUGCCCCUAAGUAUUGGCGCUGCAGGCUUGUGCAUUUUCGCAGGGUACGAAUAUCGAAUGGCUUCGAGGCCACUUAUUCCUCCAAGUCUUUUCGGCAACCGCACAAGCGCAAUAUCGUUUGUUGGCUACACUAUCACUGGGAUCCUUCUUUGGAGCAAUCUUUAUUACCUUCCUCUAUACUACGAGGGUGUGAAAGGAUUCAGUCCACUUCUAUCUGGGAUUGCCAUGUUUCCCAACACCUUCACUGUUGCACCAUCGGCCAUGAUUGUCGGACUUCUUAUUGCCAAAACCGGCAACUAUAAAUGGAGUGUUAUUUGCGGAUGGAUACUGUGCACCCUUGGUAUGGGGUUACUCUGUCUUCUCAAAACCGAUACCAAUACAGCCACCUGGAUAUUCGUCAAUAUCGUAGGAGGGAUCGGUCUGGGGGCAAUCAUCCCGUCUGUUGCUUUCGCUGUGCAAGCAUCUGCUUCAGCUGAGACAUUGUCAAUGGCUGUGGCCAUGUCAACUUUCUUUCGGACAUUUGGCCAAACUCUCGGUGUGGCUAUUGGCGGUGUGAUAUUUCAGAAUCGCAUGCGAACCAAUCUGUCGCGAUAUCCUGGUUUGAGUGAUAAGGCUGUUGAGUACAGCCAGGAUGUUAUAGGAAUAGUUGAUAUUAUCAAAGGCCUGGAGGAAGGUCCGCAAAAACAUGCCUUGAAGGUAGCCUAUGUCGAUAGCCUGCGCACUAUCUGGGCUUUCUGCUGCGGGAUUUCAGGCAUAGCCCUGACUUUGAGUCUUUUUACCCAUUCGUAUGAUCUGGACCGAGAAAUGGUUACAGUUCAGGCUCAGAAAGGUACUGCAUCCGGUAAGCACGCAUCACUGCAGAUACCGAGAGGGGGACUUAUAUGCGCCAAUGAUUCACUCGAGAGGCCAAAAUCCCUCUAG